UGGCAUUUGGAUUCAGUUAGCCCCGAUCAGUUCCAGCCUGCAUAUCAAUCGGAGAGCUUCAGUCUUUUUUUCAGAUCGAGCGCUUCUGGGCACGUUCAUUGAACCGCUCCGAGUUCGUCAAGGCUCUCUGCCUUCGCCUCUGAAACAAAGUGAAUCGCAACUCGUUAAGCAUACUGUUUGUUUUGAUACACAUACCAGUGUACUUUUAUUUUUUGGCAAUAAGACGGCGACUCUUUGCCGAAAGUCAAGUGCAAAAAAAAAAAAAACACAAAGAAAGCACAGCCCAGGCUGUCGUUCUCCCCGUCUGGCAUUCAAUUUGCUCAAGUUCAGGCCACCGCCAUGGCGACAUUGCGACCGAGGAAGACCGACAGCCACCCCCAGCCAGUCGCCUCCGUCAGUGUGCCUCCAAUCCCGCUUGCUUUGGAGCACUUAAACAGCAAUAAACAUAAACAGAAAACGAAAUAAUAUACAAAUCUUUAGCUUUCUCCACCACAAGUUCAAAGUUUCUGAAUAAAAAAAUAAUAAAAAGCAAAGUCAAACGCAAAAACAAACCAAAAUGAGAAAGCAAAAGGACGAUAUGCAGGUCAAUGUCGCGGGUCUACGUAGAAACAUCAAAAACCUUGCGCACAACUACUCGGAUGCCCAGGUCAAAGUGCGCGAGGCCACCUCUAAUGAUCCAUGGGGCCCGUCGGCCGCCAUCAUGGGCGAGAUUGCAGAUCUCACCCACAACGUGGUGGCCUUCUCGGAGAUCAUGCAGAUGAUAUGGAAGCGACUCAACGACCACGGCAAGAACUGGCGACACGUCUACAAGGCACUCAUCCUACUGGAGUACCUGAUCAAGACCGGAUCGGAGAAGGUGGCCCAGCAGUGCAAGGAGAACAUCUUCGCCAUCCAGACACUGCGCGACUUUGUCUACUUCGAGGAGGGCAAGGACCAGGGCACCCACGUCCGCGAGAAGGCCAAGCAGCUGGUCAACCUGCUGAAGGACGACGAGCGGCUGAAGAACGAGCGGGUGAAAGCUUUGAAGGCCAAGGAGAGAUUCGCCCAGCAUCCGAGUGGCUUCGGCAGCGAUGGCUACAUAGACGGGCCGUCGCAAAGGGACUUGCCGCCCGGCUGGCAAGAGGAGCCGCCCAAAUCCGUGUCUGAGCUGGAAAUGGUGCGCCCCCAGACUGCCGGAGAGGAGGAGCUGCAGCUCCAGCUGGCCAUGGCCAUGUCGCGCGAGGAGGCCGAGCAGGAGGAGGCCAAGCGGCGCAGCGACGAUGUGCGACUGCAGCUGGCUCUCAGCCAGAGUGAGCAGGACUUCAAGGACGGAAGUGGACGACCGAUACCUGCGCCUGCCAAGAGGGAGGAGCCACAGAGUCAUCUAAUGGACCUGCUGGACAUUUCGCUGGGUGCCACGAGCAUCUCGAGUCCACCGCUGGGCGCUGCAGGCGGCGCUCCGGCGGGCGUCAUCGAUCCUUGGGCUACGUCCGCUCCUAGAGCUCCUAGCCAGCUGUCGGAUCCUUGGUCAGGCACCUCCUCGCCUCAGGUGGAUCCCUGGCAUCCGUCUGCCGCCCCACGCACCAUUAUGAGCGCCGGAGUACCUAUGAACGCUCCGCCCGGUGCCAACGAUGCCUGGGGAGUGCGAACUCAGUCGCCGUCUGUGGCAUCGGGCUCCUCCACCGAGGGAUGGCUGCAGAGUAACGGCAACGCCAACCAGAACGGACGGGGACCGACGCCUGCCGGUGCCCCUGUUGAAGCCAUUGGGUGGUUAGCCAAAACAAAUGCUCCUGGCGCUCUGGGAGCUGCGCCAGUCAACAAUGGAACGAACAACGGCAGCGCGUCUGGAGAUCCUUGGCUAGCAGAGGCAGCGAGUGGAGGAGCGGCUGCUAUCGCUCCCGCGGAUCCCUGGGCUGGAGGUGGCGCGCAAGCAGGAGCCGCAGCGUUGGAUGAUCCUUGGAAGGCCCUGGGCACGGGCGCCGUUAAGAAACCUUCUCCUGAAUUUGACGAGUUCGACCUGAUCACCAACCGCAACAAGAGUGAGCUUAGCAACUACAACGCCUCCAACAACAACAAUGCCUCUCUCCUCGACGAUAUGGACCCGCUGUCGACGAACUACGGAAACGGAACCGGAACCGGAAUUAGCUCAGUGCAUCCGUCGACGGGAGCCACGGCUAAGAAACCGCUUAAGGACCCGCACUCCUUCCUCGGCGAGAACUCUGCGCUGGUCAACUUGGACAAUCUGAUUAAGCCGGCUGGAGCACAGACGCAAGCGGGCACCGCACCGGCCUACAAUCCCUUCAGCGACACCGUGAUACCACCCAAGACAAAUCUAUUCCAGCAACAGCAGCCAGCCGUGCCGUCCAUUAAUCAGCUGAAACAACAGGCGCCCUUCGCGGUGAACAUGAACCAGGAUCCCUGGGCUCCUGUCAUGGGUGGCGUGAGUGCGACCAACCAGCCAAAUCUUCCGCACCCAGUGCGUCCAACUAGCCUCAAUUUGGGGCCCUCGUCUGCGUCUGCGGGUGAAUUUGAGCUUCUAAGUGCGUUUAGUAAUCCCAUCAUUCCCUCCUCCGCCAUGAAUCCCCGCCCACAGCCAGGUUCUCAGGUCUACAACUAUCCGUAUGCCAGCAGUGAUGCCAACAUCAACAAUAACAACGGCAUCAGCAGCAAUAUCAAUAGCAAUAUCAACACCACCACCAACAGAGUGCACGAGUUUGUGAGUCCGAGUCCAGGAAUCGAUAGCAUCCGCAACAUGGACAUUUUCAGCGACCGUUCCUAUUUCAAUAGUCCCACAGCGCCGGCUGAUGACAAUUUGUUCUACUCGGGCGGCAGCGAUAACAAUAACUUUGGCCAGACCCACAGAAACUACGGAGCUUCCGGUCUCUAUUCAAGCUAUGCUGCCUCCUACAGCAGCGCCCUAUCUGACUCGUUGGCCGAAACGCCUGGCGUGAGCGUUGCUCCCAUUGGCUUUGUGCCCGAUCCUGUCCAGAGUUUUGGCCCAACGUCCUCGUCGGCUGCUCACUGCAAGCUGGAACAAAACAACAACAUGCCGUGGAUCAAACCGGAAGCAGCCACCAAUCCGUUUUUGUCGUAAACUGGAGCCGGAUAAAACAGCAGGUUCAGAAGCAGCAUCAGCAGCAGUAACAGCAGAGGGAACAACGACUAAUCAAGACCUGGCUGGUGUAUGGAGCUGUCCAGUAACGUUAGAGAAAUAGAAAGCAGCAACAGAGAAGAGAAACAGCAACCGCAACCGCAACCAAUUUUAGCUCUAUAUAACUGCGAGGAAAUAUGAAUUAAUUAAUAAAUUAUGUGUAAGGAAGUAUUAUUAAACUGUAAAAUAUGUGAUGUACGUGAAGGAGAAAGAAAGAGCCAAGAUCCAGAGAUAGGAAAGAACAAGUAGAAGCAGCUAGAACACCCGGCCCGAAGUUCGCGCGUAUACAGCAGCUUACAUUCGAACAGAACUUGAGUCUAACACAUUUGCAAUAACUAAACCAUGUAAACAGCCCAUAGGUUAGCAUUAGGCAGCUCCAGCUCCGCUCAACUGACUUUGAAAUUAUUUUACCAUACGAUUCACGUUCUAAUUCUACCAAAACACACUGUGCAACAACGCCUUUAAGUUGAGUGGACGCCUGGGGAUCCAAUUGGCAGUUCUUCUGUUAUAUGAGUUGAAUCUUUAUAGAGGCGAUAACCAAAACAGCAAGCGGCAGUACGAAAUCCGAUUGAGUCCAAGCGAGAAAAACGAGAAUUAAAACUAAAAAAAUUGUUAUAUAGCUUUAAAUAUUGCAUUGGUAACGAAAACAAAACAAAAAAAUGUUAAAAACAAAGGAUAAACCAAUUUAUGUGUGCUUGUAAUUGUAAAUUUUUAACUUUCUUUUUUGUAAUAUUUUGUGUGCGUGCAUGUUGCAAAAAAAGAGGAAAACAAAUUAUUAAAAUUAAUGGCUUUUGGCUAAAAAAAAAUCAAUUUUUAAACACAUUUGUACGAUAUUUUCGAGUUGACAGUUGAUUUGUGUUUGUGCAUUCGCUUUUGGUCCACCUUCAAGACACAAUGCAUACACGGGUUUGCUGUUGAACACUUUUUUAGCGAUUAGUUUAAAAUUUACAAAAGAAAACAGAUCGAAAUCCUUUGAAAAGAACACAUAUACAAAGAACAAUAUUUCGAGAGCAAAACGAAAACUAUAAUAAAGAAAAAGCGAUGGUAUACAUUUAGGCUAGAAUACGUAAUGAAUUGUAAGCGUAACUUAAUGGUAACAAAAUAUACAUAUACAAAAAUGAGAAA